CCUCUGUUGUUCAGUACAAAUUGAAGGAAACCACACCAACAAUAAAUUACAGAUAGAUAAUCAAUAAUUUGAUCCAAAAUACUCCAACCUUCUUUCUCCGAUAUCAAACGACACUUGUGGCAUUUGAAUGCGGUGGAAGCUCAGGCGUACGGAGGUUUGUUUUCUAGUAAACCAUGCUAGCACUGCUAGGUUAGCUAACUAGCCAGCGUCUCGUCGCCUCCUCUUCAUCUUCAUGGGUUUCUGCUGUUGAGUCUGCCAGGCUUGUGCUGGAGGCAGCGAGGCUAAGAAUUUAAUGCCAUCGGCCAGGAACUCAGGUCAUAUUAUGAGUGGGGCGAGUUGCAAAGCUAACGGCGCUGUGUACCCUGCCUCAUCAGCAAUGAUGAACUCUGUGAAGAAGCCGAAGAUGGAGCAGAUUCAGGCCGACCAUGAGCUGUUCCUACAGGCCUUUGAAAAACCAACUCAGAUAUACAGAUUUCUCCGCACAAGGAACUUGAUUGCACCCAUAUUUUUGCACAGGACACUCACCUUCAUGUCUCACAGAAACGGUCGAUCAAAUGCCAGAAGGAAAACAUUCAAAGUGGAUGAUAUGUUGCAGAAGGUGGAGAAGAUGAAGGGAGAGCAGGAUUCUCCAAGUUUGUCUUCACAUCUACAGUUAACCUUCACUGGGUUCUUCCAUAAGGAUGAAAAGCCAUCUCAGAAUUCAGAAAAUGAACAAAAUUCUGUGUCCUUAGAGGUGCUACUUGUCAAAGUCUGCCAUAAAAAACGCAAGGAUGUCAGCUGCCCGGUUAAGCAAGUGCCUACAGGUAAAAAGCAGGUGCCUUUGAAUCCUGACAGUAACCUAACCAAGCCCGGCUCGUACCCUUCCUUACUGGUCUCCAGCAACGAAUUUGAGCCCAGCAACAGCCACAUGGUCAAGUCCUAUUCGCUCCUGUUCAGGGUGUCACGCACAGGGAGGAGAGAUACUAAUGGUCUGGUCAAUGGCGAGGCCAACGAGAACAUUGAUGUUACCGAUACUCCUAGCAGAAAGAAGAGAAGUUUAUCCCAUAGAGAUGAAGGAGAGACCACAGAGACCUAUGUUGCACAGAUGACUGUCUUUGAUAAGAAUAGGAGAUUGCAGCUGCUGGAUGGGGAGUACGAGGUGUCAAUGCAAGGCAUGGAGGACAGCCCUGUCAGCAAGAAGCGAGCUACAUGGGAAACCAUUCUUGAUGGAAAGAGACUACCACCAUUUGAGACAUUUUCUCAGGGACCCACAUUGCAGUUCAUGCUGCGUUGGACAGGUGAUGCUAGUGGAAAGUCCACUGCCCCCGUGGCCAAACCCCUUGCUACUCGUAACUCCGACAGCUCCAGCCCCAUGGAGACGAGGACCAGCAACCACCGAGCUGCCCUCAUGACAGUGAAAGAGUCAGUCAGCACAGACAUUCAGACGAGGAAAGAGCAGGUCCCGUGUGAGCCGCGGCAGAAGCUACGUAUAUUUUAUCAGUUCCUAUACAACAAUAACACACGGCAGCAAACAGAGGCAAGAGAUGAUCUUCACUGUCCCUGGUGUACCCUGAACUGCAGCAAACUGUACAGCCUGCUCAAACACCUCAAACUCUCCCACUCCCGCUUCAUCUUCAACUAUGUGCCUCACCCCAAAGGAGCAAGGAUAGAUGUGUCCAUCAAUGAGUGCUAUGACGGCUCUUACGUUGGCAACCCUCAGGACAUCCACAGCCAACCCGGCUUUGCUUUCAGCCGCAAUGGCCCCGUCAAGAGGACUGCUGUAACUCACAUACUGGUUUGCAGGCCCAAGAGGACCAAACCGAGCCUGUCAGAGUUCCUGGAGACUGAGGACGGAGAGCUGGAGCAGCAGAGGACCUAUGUCAGCGGACACAACCGUCUGUACUUCCACAGUGACAGCUGCAUGCCCCUGCGGCCCCAGGAGAUGGAAGAGGACAGUGAGGACGAGAGAGAUCCAGAGUGGCUCAGAGAGAAGACUGCCACGCAACUGGAUGAGUUCACAGAUGUCAAUGAGGGAGAGAAGGAAGUGAUGAAGCUGUGGAACCUGCACGUCAUGAAGCAUGGUUUCAUAGCAGACAACCAGAUGAAUCAGGCCAUCAUGCUUUUCGCGGAGAACCGUGGUGCCCACAUCAUCCGCCGCAACCUCUGCCGCAACUUCCUCCUGCAUCUAGUCAGCAUGCACGACUUCAACCUGGUGAGCACAGCCACCAUUGACCGUGCCAUGGCCCGUCUGCGACAGAUCCAAGAGGAGCUGCCAGACACUGAGGAGGCGCAGCAGGACCAGACUCUGGUAUCAGCAGGAGCCUGCAACGGCAACGCCGUCACCUCCACUGGGGGGAAACAGGGCAAGAGGACAAAAAGCGCACUAACAGACUGAUGUUGGAUGGAUGGAUGGAUGGAUGGAACAAUGAUUGUCGCGGUUUUUUUUUGGUUUUUUUUGUUUUGAUUUGGGUGUUUUUCUUCUUCAAUGAACAUUACCAACCCUUUGGUGCUUAGAUAGGUGGGAGAACUGGUCACCGGAGGAUCUGACCUGAAGCAGACCAGCAUACAAGGUAAACAAGUUUUUGGAACUUGGAAUUGAACCAAAUAUGAACUAUAUAAAAGUGAAUCACCCACAUCUACACAAACCAGGAAUUUGAGGACUGGAUGAUGUCAGUUGAACCUACUUAAUAUGCAUUUUGUAGGUGUGGCUGAAGUAUCUGUCUUUGGGUGAGAGAGUGAACAAACAAAGUCUUCUGGUGUGGCACGACUGCCUUUGGUAUGUCCUUGUUAUAGACAACUGUAUCAAGACUACAGUUAAAACUGUACUGGUAACAUUGUCACUCUUGAUUAUUUGUACACAAACAAUAACCUUGUUGAGAACUUAUCCUUUUAGCUGAUUAUUUUAGCACUUGGUGUUUGUAUUUAGAAAGCUUACCUUGAAAUUGUCUUGUUUUUUAUUCAUGCUGCGCCAAAUGUUAAAUGCAGCUUUUCCACUGACAUCAGUGGAGAAACUUUAGUGGGUUUGAUUUCACUGUUGUGAAUGACAUUUAAUUUCAAGGGUCAUACAGUUAAGAGAACAUUACAGUAAAAAAAAAAAAUCUACACUUGGCAUCAAUGUCUAGAGUAUAUAAAGCCUGUAAAGCUUGUGUUAGGACCCCAAAAUGGAUUGUGGGUUUUGCUCGUAGGUUGCCAUGACAAUAGUGUUAUACUGUAAGCCUUGGAUCCUGGACAAGAAAAUAAAUUCAAAACUCCUACUUCAUCACCCCUAAGCCUUUUGGCCUGCAUUGAUAAUAGCUCAAGGAAAGCCAGGGAACUCAACUGUUCUGAAUAUUUUACUUCCUAAGACUUACUUAAACAACCAGCAGUGCAUCACCCCAUAUGUCGUGUAGAGUGCAUAGCAUUCAAGACGUAAAAGUGAACAAUUUUCUGAUGCUUGACACCUGCAGUUUCUUUGAGGUGUGAACAUGUUGGAAUCACAAUGUUAAACAUGUUUUUGUUUUGUUUUUUAACAUGGGUUCCGAGUAUCAGUAGCUGAUUGACAGAAAUGUUUGUACAUGUAAUCACAUGAAAUGUUUAGCCGAGCCCUGUUCUGAAUCCAAUAAUUAACAGAUUGCAGUUCUUCUCUCAAAGCAAUAUGCUGUUUUAUUGGAUGGUUUGUUUCAGGUCCAAGUCAGUCUUCUGUCCUGUUAGGUGCAGUUUAUGCCAAAGGGGAAUAUUUUCAUCAGUCUCUUUAGUUCUGUAUAAUUUUUUCUUAGCGUCUUUUUCUUUUGUUCAUUCCAUGACUUUUUUUUUUUUUUUUUAAGCAGCAGUAAUGUUUUGUAGUGUGCACAUAAAUCAUCACCAUUCAUUAUUUCAUCAGACUUCCCUUGUGAACAACCAAAUUAACAAUAUAUUUUCCUCCCUCCAGUAUGCAUGGAGGGUUUAUGUAUUCAUCUGGGGGAAAAGGAGACAUAUUCACCAUUAUUGUCAGAACACCCUGUUUAAAAAAAAAAAAAUAAUAAUUGUGAACUGUACACUCUGGCUAAGGGGAUUUUUAUAUUUAAAGAAAUAAAAUACAUUUGACCUUA